AUGCGAAUAUUGCUUCGUUAUUUGCUUACGGUUUCUUGCCACUCUCAGCAUCCACGACAUACUUGGCAAUCUUACCGGGAUCGGUAUUUGAAAAGACUUCGUGGAAAGUCACGUCCAGGGGGCGAGUCAGCGUCCACAGGUCAGGCUCCCGCUGAGCCGGGGAGCACUACGAGACAGUUCCAAGUCCCUGGCCCUGCCCCGGCAAAGUCGCAUGAGAGAUGUGAGAAUGCACCUGCGACUACGAAGAAGAUAGACGCCAGGAAAAGAAAAAGAAGUCCUGAUGGCGACGAACCAGACCGGACCGAAGGUCAACGAACAGAUGAUCGACCAAAGAAAAGGCCAGCACCAGCAACUCUACCUGAGAAAAGCACCACUGCUGCCCGUCAUAGGGUACAUGAGGAGCAUCCCACCCAUACCGAGCCAGAGGUAGCUACAGCUUCGAAACGUACAGAUCAACAAAGAAAGGAAGAACCGAAGCCAAAAGAUAAGGGAGGUACCACUGUGGUACAAGUCCACAAAACUCAACAGCCAAGUGAAGCCCCAGAUAGCAUCCCUGACAAUUUCCUGUUUGAGCUACCGUUCUUCCCCUCAAGUCCGGAGUCUCAAGAAGAGCCCCCUCAAGAGCAAGACAUCGACACAUGGAUCGACGACCGUCUGCGAACAGGCAGGGCAGAUAACGAAGAGCAAGUGAUUGAGGCUCUACAGUGCACCAGCAUGGACCCACGCUUAGCCGACAAGGUCCUAGAAUAUCUUGCUGCAGGAAAAGGCAUUCCUGAGGACAUGCCUGGAGUUUGGACACCCGAAGAUGAUGAAUGUGUGGAAGUGGGCGACAGCCGAGCCAUUGAACGAGUCUUGAAGAAGCAUGGAUCAGAAGCGUUCGAAGCACGGUGGAAUUAUCUUAGCAUGGCCAGGGCCGCAGGCCUUUCUGGAGGAGGUAUGGGCGACUGA